AUGGCUACAAUUACAAAAAAAACCGUGUUAAUUACAGGUUGCUCUGAAGGUAGCCUGGGAGCGGCACUAGCGCUAGCGUUCGCAAAACGGGAUUUUCACGUAUUCGCUACCCUACGCAACCCUGCGAAAGCUGGCCCCCUCGCAUCACAUCCUAAUAUCGAAAUAUUGUCUCUAGAAGUCACCAACGCGCAGUCCAUUUCUUCUUGUGCCGCUGAGGUGGGCAAGAAAACGGAUGGCAGUCUCGACAUUCUAGUGAACAAUGCAGGCGUCAUGUUCGCUAUGCCCCUGCUAGACACAAGCAUCGAAGAGAGCAAGAAGUUGUUUGAUGUGAAUGUAUGGGGUAUGCUUGCUGUGACCCAGGCUUUUGCGCCAAUGCUCGUCCGGUCCAAAGGUGUCAUCUUGAAUAUCGCCAGCAUUGCUGGUGCCGUCAGAAUGGCGUGGCAAGGUGUCUAUAAUUCCUCGAAAGCUUGCGUACGCUGGUUCUCUGAAACGCUACGCAUCGAAAUGCAAGGACUAGACGUUCGCGUCAUUACGGCCAUGAUUGGCGAAGUAGAGACAAAGAUCUAUGACAACGCAGGCCAAACCGAUCGUGCUCUUCCUACCUCGUCGUACUACAAAUCUAUAAAGCACCUCAUCUUCCAACAAGCCUCGGGGGAAAUGCAAGUGGAGAACGAGAAGGCGGAGGUGACAGCCGAAAGUUUGGUGAGGGAUGUGUUAAGCGGAAGAGAUGGUCAUGUGUGGAGAGGCGGUGUAGCAGGGCGCGCCAAAUAUUUCCACUGGAUGUUGCCUGAACGACUUUUUGAAUGGGCCUUACAUGUACAUAGGGGUGUUUACCAGGUCAGGGCACCAUAA